UUCACCUGCCAAUCGAACUGAGCUCUCUGGCUCCAUCGCUGCAGCCAGCGCACGCGUGGUGAGCGGGGCCGCGGGCAGGGGGCGGCAACGCGGCAACGCCGGCGGCACAGACGCGCGAGACACGCAUUAAAGAAAGCUGUCCCGUACACACUGCUAGUCGGUCUACUUAGCUGGCACCGACAACACAUUGGACUCUCGUGUUUGGGCUUUUGUUUUCGCGAGUAUUCUCUCACCUGUCAUGCCUUUUUUUUUUCUUUUUUCUUUUUUUGACGCUCCAGAGCAGUGAAUGGGAACACUGAGAGGUGAAAGCGUGUAAUUAUUCCGAGUCCGAAGCCGCCCGGUUCUGGCGGAAAGGACAAGCGAGAGACCGGUGACGAUGCCGGGCUCGACGUCUCUCUCGGAGCGACGACCCGCUUCCGGUCAGCGGCAACUUGCGGCUGCGGGCUCCUCUGCCGCCGGUGAGCCGCUGACGAUGAUGUCGUCCGGCUCAGGUUCAAUGGUUUUCCCGGCUGGGAUUAUCAACCCAUCGGUCCCGAUCCGGAAUAUUAAAAUGAAAUUUGCCGUUGUCAUCGGACUGAUCGAGGUUGGCGAGGUUAACAACCGGGACAUCGUUGAAACGGUGCUGAAUUUGUUGGUGGGAGGGGAGUUUGACUUGGAGACAAACUUCAUUAUCCAGGAUGCAGAAGGCAUCGGCUGCAUGGUGGAGCUGUUGGGGCACUGUGACGUCACGUGCCAGGCUGAAGUCUGGAGCAUGUUCACCGCCAUCCUGCGGAAAAGUGUCCGAAACCUGCAAACAAGCACUGAGGUCGGCCUCAUCCAGCAGGUGCUGCUCAUAAUGAGCUCGGUGGAUGACAUGAUAGCAGACUUGCUAGUGGACAUGUUGGGAGUGCUGGCCAGCUACAGCAUCACAGUGAAGGAACUGAAAUUGCUGUUCAGCAUGCUACGAGGGGAAGGAAGCCUCUGGCCCAAACAUGCGGUCAAAAUGUUGUCGGUGCUGAAUCAGAUGCCCCAGAGACACGGUCCAGAUGCCUUCUUCAACUUCCCUGGUCGCAGUGCAGCAGCCAUUGCUUUACCCCCUAUUGCUAAAUGGCCUUAUCAGAACGGGUUUACAUUCAACACCUGGUUCAGGAUGGAUCCCUUAAAUAACAUCAACGUUGACAAGGAUAAACCAUAUCUCUACUGCUUUCGGACCAGCAAAGGCAUUGGGUACUCUGCACAUUUUGUUGGCAACUGCUUGAUUGUAACAUCGCUGAAGUCUAAAGGAAAGGGUUUCCAGCAUUGUGUGAAGUACGAUUUUCAGCCCAGGAAGUGGUACAUGAUUAGUAUAGUUCACCUCUACAGCCGCUGGAGGAACAGUGAAAUCCGAUGCUAUGUUAACGGACAGCUUGUUUCUUAUGGAGACAUGGCAUGGCACGUCAACACAAAUGAUAGUUAUGAUAAGUGUUUCCUUGGGUCCUCGGAGACAGCAGACGCAAACAGAGUAUUCUGCGGGCAGCUAGGUGCCGUCUACGUGUUCAGUGAAGCCCUCAAUCCUGCACAGAUAUUUGCAAUUCAUCAGCUUGGUCUUGGCUAUAAGAGCACAUUUAAGUUCAAGUCAGAAAGUGAUAUCCACUUAGCAGAGCAUCACAAGCAGGUUUUGUAUGAUGGUAAGUUGGCCAGCUCCAUUGCCUUCACCUACAAUGCCAAAGCCACUGACGCCCAGCUCUGCUUGGAGUCAUCGCCCCAAAAAAAUGCCUCCAUCUUUGUGCACUCACCGCACGCCCUUAUGCUUCAGGAUGUGAAAGCCACAGUCACUCACUCCAUCCACAGUGCCAUCCAUUCCAUCGGUGGCAUCCAGGUACUCUUCCCACUCUUCGCUCAGCUGGACUACCAUCAGCUCAACGACAGCCAAGUGGAACCCUCUGUCUGUGCCACUCUUCUGGCUUUUCUGGUCGAACUGCUCAAGAGCUCUCUGGCAAUGCAGGAGCAGAUGCUGGGUGGAAAGGGCUUUUUGGUCAUUGGAUACCUGCUUGAGAAGUCAUCCCGUGAACACAUCUCCAGGGCUGUAUUAGAGCAAUUCCUCUCUUUUGCAAAGUAUCUGGAUGGUCUGACACAUGGGGCAGCACUGCUGAAGCAACUCUGUGACCACAUCCUGUUCAAUGCCGCCAUCUGGAUCCACACCCCUCUCAAGGUACAGCUCUCUCUGUACACCUACCUUUCUGCAGAGUUCAUUGGUACUGCAACCAUCUACAACACGAUUCGUCGCGUGGGCACAGUGCUCCAACUCAUGCAUACGCUAAAGUACUACCACUGGGCCACCAACCCUGCAGACAGCAGCGGCAUCGAACCACACGGUCUCGAUGGUCCACGGCCGACCCAGAAAGAAAUUAUUACUCUGCGGGCAUUCAUGCUUCUCUUCCUCAAGCAACUCAUCCUGAAGGACCGAGGAGUGAAGGAAGACGAGCUGCAGAGCAUCCUGAACUAUUUGUUAACAAUGCAUGAGGACGAGAAUCUGCAUGACGUGCUGCAGUUGGUGGUUGCCCUCAUGUCUGAACAUCCAGCCUCCAUGAUUCCUGCUUUUGACCAGAGAAAUGGAAUACGUGUAAUCUACAAGCUCAUGGCCUCUAAGAGUGAAAGCAUUCGAGUACAAUCCCUCAAAGUCCUUGGGUACUUCCUCAAGCAUUUGGGCCACAAGAGAAAGGUGGAGAUCAUGCACACACACAGCCUCUUUACCCUCCUGGGAGAGAGGCUCAUGGUGCACACUAACACUGUGACUGUUACCACUUACAACACUCUGUAUGAGAUUCUGACAGAGCAGGUGUGCACACAGGUAGUUCACAAACCUCAUCCCGAGCCCGACUCCUCUGUCAAGAUUCAAAACCCAAUGAUUCUCAAGGUGAUAGCCAGCUUGUUGAAGAACUCGGCCCCCAGCACCGAGCUGAUGGAAGUUCGGCGGCUCUUCCUUUCAGAUAUGAUCAAACUGUUCGGGAACAGCCGCGAGAACCGACGGUGUCUGCUUCAGUGCUCAGUGUGGCAGGACUGGAUGUUUUCUCUUGGCUACAUCAACCCUAAAAACUCUGAGGAGCAGAAGAUCACUGAGAUGGUGUAUAACAUCUUUCGCAUUCUACUCUACCAUGCCAUCAAGUACGAGUGGGGAGGAUGGCGCGUGUGGGUGGAUACACUCUCCAUAGCUCACUCUAAGGUGACAUAUGAAGCACAUAAAGAGUACUUGGCCAAAAUGUAUGAAGAGUACCAGCGCCAGGAAGAGGAGAAUAUUAAGAAAGGAAAGAAGGGUUUGGUCAGCACUAUCUCUGGUCUAUCCGCUCAGACCUCUGGCAUCAUUGGGCAAAGUGAACUCAGAGAAAUGGACGAUAACUCGCAGGCACCUGAGAGUAAAAAGGACUUUGAGAGUGCAGACUCGCGCAACCUUCUGGCUGAAGGAAAGGGGCCCGAAGAAGCUCUCAGAGGAACGGAGGAUACGGUAGAGGCGGUCAGGGUCGAAGUUCAAGACCUUCUGGUGGACAUCAAGGCUGAAAAGGUGGAAGCUACUGAGGUUAAGCUAGAGGAUUUAGACUUGUCCUCUGAAAAUCUGGGAGUACCUAAGAACGGAGCCCUGGUGGAGGUGGAUUCUCUGUUGAAUAAUGUUUAUUGUGCUGCCGUGGAAAAGCUCAACAGUAAUGUCAACAGUGUGCUUUUGCCCAAGUGCAGCAUGGAUGAGGAAAAUGCACCUCCUCUAAUUACACUAGAUGAUUACAAGGACAGCAUCCCUAACAGCAACCAUUUCCUGUUUGGCAAGGCGGCAGGCAGCAUGGAAGACAAGCCACUGUCUGAUCGUGGUACAGCUGAGCCUCUGCUACUGCACAGCCCAGAGCCUCCGGUCCACACCAGUGCCAGUGAUGAACUGGGCCUUCUUGCACACAUGACAGCCAGCUCCGAACUUGGCUCCUUGCACAGUAUUUUGGAGCAGGAUGAGUAUGAACUACAGGCAGCCUUGGCGGGCAUCAGCUCUGUGGCCGUCGCCAAAUCGGAGUCCUCGUCCACGAGGCCAGGCGUCACAGAGGGCACCGCCUCAGCCGCACUCAAAGGGCAUCCCGCAUCCUUUAAGAUCAGCGGUACAUCAGAUGCAACGGCCAGCGAUUCCGGGAGAUCAGCAGAUGGCAGAGACAAGGAGGUGAACAAGAUCCAGACGACCGCCACCACACAGAGUCUCCAUGGCCACCUAACUACUCAAAUGGAGAGGGACAUACAACUGGACUUGGGCUUCAGGGGGACACCAAUGACGGAGGAACAGCGGCGGCAGUUCAGUCCCGGCCCACGCACCACCAUGUUCCGCAUCCCUGAGUUCAAAUGGUCAGCCAUGCACCAGAGACUGCUCACUGACCUGCUGUUUGCACUGGAGAGCGACGUCCUCGUCUGGAGGAGCCACAAAACCAAAUCUGUCAUGGAUUUUGUUAAUAGUAAUGAAAACAUCAUUUUUGUGCACAACACGAUCCACCUGAUCUCACAAAUGGUAGACAACAUCAUCAUCGCCUGUGGAGGGAUCUUGCCCCUUCUCUCAGCGGCCACCUCUCCCACCACGGAGGUGGAGAACAUCGAGGCCACGCAGGGCAUGUCCUCAGAGACCGCCAUCACUUUCUUGUCCCGUCUCAUGGUUAUGGUGGACGUGUUGGUGUUCUCAAGCUCCCUCAACUUCAGUGAGAUUGAGGCAGAGAAGAACAUGUCCUCCGGUGGCCUGAUGCGACAGUGCCUCAGGCUCGUGUGUUGUGUGGCUGUUAGGAACUGUCUUGAGUGCAGGCACAGACAUAAAGAGAGAGGGAAUGAAUCUUCCAUUCCCAACAACAAGACUCAGGAAUUCCCACAAAAUACUGUGACUUCCAAUAAGGACCCUGAUCGCCUUUUGCAGGAUGUGGACAUCAAUCGACUGCGCGCUGUGGUGUUUCGUGAUGUGGACGACAGUAAGCAAGCCCAGUUCCUGGCGUUAGCUGUGGUGUACUUCAUCUCUGUCCUCAUGGUCUCCAAGUACCGCGACAUCUUGGAGCCACAACGUGAAACUGCCAGGAUAGGCCAAUCGGGCCGAAGCAUGCGUCGGGAGAUCAACUCACCAACCAUAGAAACCCCCCUUGAACUUGACAGCAGUAAGGACAAUCCUGUGCCAUCAGACAUCCACAUUGAAAGCGCCCUUCCCCACACAGACUCUGGUAUUGGAGAGGAGCAGCUAACCAGCGUCCUCAACGGCUCAGAUCUGGACCACACCGCAGGACUGCUCAUAUCUACGCUGUCCUCAGAGGUGAAGAAGUCCCUGGACGGUCUGUCCGAAUCACCUGGCGCGGAGGGGCUGAAACCACCACCACCUUCCUCCUCCAUCGCCAGCAUUAGCCAGCCAAACAAGGGCAUCAAUGUGAAGGAGAUCCUGAAGAGUCUGGUGGCAGGUCCAGUGGAGUGCUUGGAGGCUGGGCUGGAGGUGGUGUCCAACCCAGACCCUGCUGCCAACAGCCAGGCACAGGCCAUGCUUCCCAUGCAGUUUCACUCCUUUGACAGGAGUGUAGUGGUGCCUGUGAAGAAAGCAUCCCCUGGCAGCCUCACAGUUCACACAGUGGGAAGCAGCAGCAGCAGCAGCACCUCCUCUGGUCUGACCGCUGGCAGCACCCCCCAUGUCUUUGCUUCUGUCUCUGCGAACCCCAGAAGCAUGAUCAACACCACGGGGGCAACAGAUGCUGCCCCCUCUACCUCCUCUUCUUCCAGUUUUGUCAACGGAGCGACAAGUAAGAAUCUGCCGGCCAUGCAGACGGUGGCCCCCAUGCCUGAAGACACAGAAGAAAACAUGAGUGCCCUUUGUGAAGUGGACCAGUGUCCACUACGCCAGGGAGUGACACCUCCUGAGCUCAAACCCUUUAGCUCCCUGACAGGAUUACAAGCAGCCUCCAAGGAUGCAGGCCAGUGUCUUAGCAUUACUACAAAGCUGGAGAGAGCCCUGGAGAAAGUGGCACCCUUGCUGAGAGAGAUCUUUGUGGACUUUGCACCCUUUCUGUCACGCACCUUGUUGGGCAGCCAUGGGCAAGAGCUGCUCAUAGAAGGUCUUGUAUGUAUGAAGUCAAGCACUUCGGUGGUGGAGCUCGUCAUGCUGCUUUGUUCUCAGGAAUGGCAGAAUUCCAUUCAGAAAAACGCUGGCCUGGCUUUCAUUGAGCUAAUCAACGAAGGAAGGUUGCUCUGCCAUGCCAUGAAGGACCACAUAGUUCGAGUUGCCAACGAGGCCGAGUUCAUCCUGAACCGACAGCGAGCCGAGGACGUCCACAAACACGCGGAGUUCGAGUCCAACUGUGCCCAAUAUGCUGCUGACAGAAAAGAAGAAGAGAAGAUGUGUGACCACCUUAUCGGUGCCGCUAAACACCGAGACCAUGUGACAGCCAACCAGUUAAAGCAGAAAAUCGUCAACAUCCUCACCAACAAGCACAGUGCCUGGGGGACUGUGGCCCAGAGUCAGCUGCACGACUUCUGGCGACUCGACUACUGGGAAGAUGACCUGCGGCGGAGGCGGAGAUUUGUCAGAAACCCAUUUGGAUCCACCCACUUGGAUGUCACAUGCAAGUCACUGCUGGAGUAUGGCGCAGAUGAGGGCGAGGUGGUCCAAUUCAAGAAUGUCUUCCAGAGCCAGACUGUGACAAGCCAGAACCCUGAGACAGAGCUGAUGCUGGAGGGAGACGAAGAUGCCGUCAGCCUGCUGCAGGAGAAGGAGAUGGACAACCUGGGCGGCCCAGUGGUCCUAAGCAGCCCGGCCCAGCUUGUUGCACCCCUCCUGGUGGCCCGGGGGACUCUGUCCAUCACCACCACUGAAAUCUACUUCGAGGUGGACGAGGAUGACCCUGCCUUCAAAAAGGUCGACUCAAAGGUUCUAGCAUACACUGAGGGUUUACAUGGGAAGUGGAUGUUCAGUGAGAUUCGGGCAGUAUUCUCUAGACGCUACCUCCUGCAGAACACAGCGAUGGAGGUCUUCAUGGCCAAUAGAACAUCAGUUAUGUUCAACUUUCCCGACCAGGCCACAGUAAAGAAAGUGGUCUACAGUCUUCCUCGAGUGGGAGUGGGUACCAGCUAUGGACUUCCACAAGCCAGGCGCAUCUCCCUGGCGACCCCUCGGCAGCUCUUUAAAUCCUCAAACAUGACCCAGCGCUGGCAGAGGAGAGAGAUCUCCAACUUUGAGUACCUUAUGUUUCUCAACACUAUAUCAGGGAGGACAUACAAUGACCUGAACCAGUACCCGGUCUUUCCCUGGGUCCUCACCAACUACGACUCAGAGGAGCUGAACUUGACCUUGCCAGGGAACUUCAGAGAUCUCUCAAAGCCUGUUGGUGCUCUGAAUCCAAAGCGCGCAGCAUUCUAUGCUGAGCGUUAUGAGACUUGGGAAGAUGACCAGACGCCCCCUUGUCAUUACAACUCCCACUACUCCACAGCUGCCUCCACCUUGCACUGGCUUGUCAGAAUAGAGCCCUUUACCACGUUCCUCCUUAGUGCCAACAACAACAAAUUUGACCAUCCUGACCAAACUUUUUCAGCCAUUGCCCGCUCCUGGAGAAACUGUCAGAGGGACACCCAUGACGUAAAGGAACUGAUUCCUGAAUUCUACUACCUCCCGGAGAUGUUUGUCAACAGCAACGGAUACCACCUGGGAAUGAGGGAGGGCGGGACCAUGGUUUGUGACGUGGACUUGCCAGCCUGGGCCAAGAAACCCGAAGAUCUUGUUCGUAUCAACCGGAUGGCGCUAGAAAGCGAGUUUGUGUCAUGUCAGCUGCAUCAGUGGAUUGACCUUAUUUUCGGCUACAAGCAGCGAGGCCCGGAGGCCGUGCGUGCCCUCAACGUCUUUCACUACCUGACUUACGAGGGCUCCGUCAAGCUGGACAGUAUCACUGACCCUUUGCUCAGAGAGGCCACAGAGGCACAGAUCCAGAGCAUUGGACAGACGCCAUCUCAGUUGCUUAUUGAGCCACAUCCUCCACGCAGCUCUGCCAUGCACCUGAGUCCUCUCAUGUUCAAGGACCAGAUGCAGCAGGAUGUCAUCAUGGUGUUGAAGUUUCCAUCCAAUUCGCCAGUUACACAUAUUGCCGCUAACACCCUGCCCCAUCUUACCAUACCUGCAGUGGUCACCGUCACCUGCAGUCGCGUAUUUGCCGUCAACCGAUGGCACAAUAACGUUGGUCUCCGAGGAGCACCAGGCUACUCUCUUGAGCAGGCCUAUCACCUUCCUAUAGAGAUGGAUUCUCUGGUUGCCAACAACACUGGGAGCAACAAGCGUCAGAUCACAGACCUAGUGGACCAGAGCAUCCAAAUCACAACGCACUGUUUCGUGGUGACAGCUGACAACCGUUACAUACUGGUGUGUGGCUUUUGGGACAAGAGCUUUCGUGUGUACUCCUCAGAGACAGGUAAGCUUACGCAGAUAGUUUUUGGGCACUGGGACGUGGCGACGUGUCUGGCCAGAUCCGAGUCCUACAUCGGAGGAGACUGCUACAUCGUCUCUGGGUCCAGGGACGCUACACUUCUGCUGUGGUAUUGGAGUGGACGGCACCACAUUAUCGGCGACAAUCCCAAUAACAGUGAAUAUCCAGCACCAAGAGCAGUUUUGACGGGUCAUGACCAGGAAGUUGUUUGUGUGUCUGUUUGUGCAGAGCUGGGCCUGGUCAUCAGCGGAGCCAAAGAAGGUCCAUGUCUGGUCCACACCAUCACAGGGGACCUGCUUCGGGCUUUGGAGGGACCAGACUACUACCAGUGCCCUCGGCUCAUCUCGGUAUCCAGUGAGGGCCACUGCAUCAUCUACUAUGAGAGGGGGCACUUCUGCAACUUCAGCAUCAAUGGGAAACUACUGGCACAGAUGGAAGUCAAUGAUUCCACCAGGGCUAUUCUCCUGAGCAGUGAUGGCCACAACCUUGCCACAGGUGGAGAUAACGGUGUGGUGGAGGUGUGGCAGGCCUGUGACUUCAAGCCUCUGUACGUCUACCCUGGCUGUGAUGCUGGUAUCCGGGCUAUGGACCUAUCUCAUGAUCAAAGGACGUUGAUCACAGGCAUGGCGUCCGGCAGCAUCGUGGCGUUCAACAUCGACUUCAACCGAUGGCACCAUGAGCAUCAAAACAGGUACUGAGGACAGGCGGAUCAGACAGGAAGGAGCGUGCAGAGUUCAGACAGAUCCCCCCCCACCAGGAGAUGGAGGAGAACCAGGGGGCUGGUGAACAUCGCUAUGGUGACGCUAACUAACUUAAGAACGAGGUGGGUCUACAUGUGUUCAUCUGCCUUCAAAGGAUACUUGUUGCUACGGGUCUGUUGGGCUUCACGUCUGACCCGAGCACCAGCUGAUGCAUUUCCCCAAUGCAAACAGGUCUGUUGUUCUGGGCAGAGAGAGUCUGAGAACACAAUUACUAAAACAUGUAAGCGGUAAAGCUACUAAUUGAAAAGGUAAAAAUGCAGAACGAAAUGAAUCAUUGCUAGGAACAUUUAUACAACAUUUGUAUGGCAGAUACAUAUCUAUAACACUUUUCUAAAAAAAAGAAGAACCCGUACUGUAAAUCUGGACAGUGUGAAGGGUUUCUUUUCCGUAAAGGUUGAGAAAAAGAUCUAAAUGCUGUUAAACUAGACAUCGUUUUAUCAACACUUCCAUCACACUAGCUACGUAAAAUUGUCUUCAUUGAACUCCAGUUAGUUAAUAAUAUAUGUAUAUGGCCAUUGUUUACUCAUUGUUAUUAACAGUGGUCAAAUGUAUGUGAAAAAGACAAAAUGUUCAUUGAUAGUUUGUUGUAUUUGAUUGUCUACGUGGGAGAAAAGUCAAAUUCAGUGGGAGCUUAGUCCUUUGUGAGAUAAGUUUUUUAUCAUGAUAACAAAGAAGGACAAUAUACAGAUAUUUGUAUAUUAACUUUAAAUUAAGGACUAUAUAGUUUAUCAAUAACAGAAUCAAAAUAGUUCAAGUGGGACAUUUAAAGCAGAAGUUAUCAACCUUUUGUUUUUUCAGCUUCUUCCAAUAACAGAUCUGGAGGAUUUAAUUCCAGAUUUGUUUAGUAUCUCAUGAGUGUUAUGGUGUUUGUGGUAAAACUGUAAGAAAUUUUGUCUACAAAAGUGUCAUUUCUAAAGGCAGUCUACAGAUGUUGUAACUGCAAACAUUAGUACUGUUACUUGUGCUUUUCGGUUUGCAUAUUUUUGCAAAAGGUUUUGCUUGUUUCUUUGGUAUAUGUGAAUUCAUGGACACCAUUGAUGGGCUAUAUUCUGACUUGGUUGCGUUAAAAGGUCUCAGCUGUUACAAUAACAUUGUCUCUCUUUCUGGCGACAGACCUUGAGUCUGCAUUUACUUGAAGAUCUGUUGAUGUGGGAUGAGAAUUUUGAAGGAACAAAAAUAUGCAAAUAUAUUUUGAGUUUAGCUUUGUUAUUUUCCGAUGGUGGUAGAAGACACCAUCCUACCCAAAGCGGGCUGUCCCGUGAAAUAAUGUAAUAUCGUGAAGUGAGAUAUGUUGGACAAAACAAUUGUUUACAUGUUACAAUUAGGCAGUGCAUUUGGAUGUUUCAUAUAUUUAAAGAUAUAUUAUGAUUUAUAUAUUUUAGUUACAUUACCAAUUGUUUUUGCAUAUGUUUUGAAGGUAAGAUAUGUUUGAAGGUUAUGUAUUAUAUAAAAAAUGAUAACUACAAUUCAGCUGCUUUUAUAAUAAAACUAAAUUAAUACACCAGUGAGCUUUAACUCGUGUAUAU